AUGUUUCAAAUAACUGAAAUUGUAGAUUUAUGGUUUCUCAGACACGAUUCAGAACAAGCAUUGAACAACCUUUCAAAAUCAAUUCUCGGCUUUAUGUGUAUCGCCAAAUCAUCUUCUUUUAUUUUAUUGCACAAACAAUGGAGAAGUGUUAUUUAUUUUAUUUCUGACACUGAAAAAAAGCAGCUUUUGCAAGAGGAUCGAGUGAUACACGAUAUCAUGAAAAAAUAUACGAAGUAUUCUAGACCAUUAACUUAUCUUUAUUGGCUUCUCGCUUUUAGUACUGCAUUAGCAUUGUUCAUUUCACCAGUUGCAAAAUACUUUUCAUCAUCAGAAUAUCGUGAUCUGAUUAAGAAUGGCAGCGCUCCAUACCCAGAAAUAAUUAGUUCUUGGGUACCAUUUGAUAAAUCUAGAGGGUUCGGUUACGGGAUCGUGAUAUUGUUACAAAUAAUGGGGAUAUUAUACGGAAGUUUGACAGUAGCUAGUUAUGACACAAAUGCUGUAGUUAUAAUGAUAUUCUUUGCUGGCCAGUUGGAAAUAUUGAGGGAAAAUUGUAAAAAUUUAUUUGCGAAUAAGAAAGACGUACUUAGGAAAUUUCGCGAUUGUCACAUGCAUCAUGUCAAUUUAAUGAGAUAUGCAACGGUGUUUGAUUCUGUUCUCUCACCUAUUAUGUUUUUAUACGUUAUUAUUUGUUCUUUAAUGAUUUGUUCGAGUGCAGUUCAAAUGACUAAGGAGGGCGUAACCACAGUCCAGGAAAUCUGGAUCGCCGAAUACAUAGGAGCUCUCAUAACACAGUUGUUUUUAUACUGUUGGCACAGCAAUCAAGUUUAUUCCAUGAGUCUAACAGUAAGCGACGGUGUAUAUGGCAGUGAUUGGUGGUCAGUAGAUGCCCGUGAACGACGGAAUGUAAUACUGCUUGCAGCUCAGCUCAACAAAACUGUUAUGUUUAAUGCGGGACCAUUUACUACGCUCAGUGUUGCUACAUUUAUAACAAUAAUAAAGGGAGCCUACAGUUUUUAUACUUUGAUCACACGAUGAAGGAGUA